AUGGAUACAACUGCAACUACAACUAUUAUUAACAGAUUCACGAGUGAUUUAGGUAAAUUAAAAGAAUUAGGUCCAGGACUUGAUGGCUUGAAAAACAUACUGGAGGAGUUGGUUGUUUCACUCGUCGGGCUGGAAACCACAGCAGUCUCUGGGAGUGGUGACUCGGACUUGUCAUUGAUCUUGGAUUUGGUCCGUACGAUUGAUGCUACCAAAACGGAAGAUUACCGUCUCUAUGUGAUUGGAUGGGUUGCCUGUUCAAUCAUUCUCAACAACCUGUUGGCCCCUACUACCUCUGUAGAGGCUGCCGAUCUGUGGAGACAACGUAUCGCACCACUAUCUUCUGCAUUCAUCAAGUUUAGUUCAUGUCGUGGUGUUAAUGACUUGGCAUUUGCAUUCCCAAAUAUCGAUCAACAAGAUUUAUCAAAUCAAGUACUUUCAAAUGUAAAACAAAGAAGAUUAUUAACAUUAUCAAAAAUAAUUGAUGAUUUAAAGAAUGGAAAGAAUGUAUUGUUUGCAUUGAUGGCUUUAAGAUCAUUGGUUUAUACUGGGUUACCAGAGGCUGAAUGGGAUGUGGUCGAUCAGGUUGUCAAGUCUGAUGCCGUUUCAAGUAUUCUAUCUAUCGCCAAAGAUUCAUUUGAUGUAUUGUCCCUUAACUCUAACAAGAAUGCUUCUGCUGCUGAUGAAUUGGCCAAGUUAAACUUACAAUUGAAUCAAUUCAGGUUGACUGAUCAAUCAUCUAAAGAAUAUGUUCAACUUGUUUGUAAUGAAUCAUAUAGAUUAUUAUUAAACUUUACAGAUUCAACAGUUGGAUUUGAAUAUUUGGUUAAAGAAAGUACAUUACCAAUCUUUUAUAAUGUAUUGAGUCAUUAUAGUGAUGUGGAAUUGGUUCAACCUGUCAGAUCGACAUUUUACAUCUUUGAAAAGAUUGUUGAAACAAGUUUGCAAUGGGGACAUUAUGUAGUGACCAAUCUUGGAUUGCUCAAGCUCAUUGCCGGCAUGGGAAAAGAUGCUCUCAGAUUUUCAAAUGAAAUUGUAACCAUCUUUACGCACUUGACUGGCAGUACCUUUGAAUCGCAACCACUCGAAUGGAGUGAAAUAGCCAACCAUAUCUUGCCAACAUUGGGUCAAACAUUGGUCGCUGACCAAUCCAUCGCCAGAUAUAUUGUCAAUAUCCUCAGACAAUUGUUGCCACACCCAGCAUUAGACACGGCCGUCUUGAAGCAGUAUGCAUUGGACCAGUUUGUCAUUGACACUCUCAAUCGUUACGAUGGCACCUUUACAGACGACUGGUACUUUUUGUUGGAUAGCUGUACGCAACUCAUUUCCGGUAUCUUGGAUGUGCGUAUUGACCCCUCCACCGAUAUUUUGUUUACCUUUGAAUCAUUGUCGACAGUCUUUAUUAAAUUGUUGACAUUGUUGGAUAACAAUCAACUCAUUGAUACGAUCCUAUUCAUCUUUUCCAUUUUGGCAAGUAUCGCACCAAAGCGUGUCAUCAUUGCCAGUAAACUCAUCCAGACGAUUCAAGACAUGGUGGUCUCUGGAAGAUUCCAAGUUGAUGACACGACCAACUCCUCGGCUGGAUUACUAGAUGUUAUUGACACCAAGUUCAGUAUCAAUGAUUCGUCAGCCACGAGAAUCCUAUGGGUUCUAUUCCAAACGGUACAGUCAAUGACACCAGAUGAAAUGGCUGAGAUUGUGGAACAAGGAUUCCUCACGUUUUUCAUCACUCUCUAUCCCGUCGUAUCUACAAUCGAAACGUUUAUGCUCUACUGUGACACACUCCACACCAUCAUAUCACAUGACCAAGACAAAUUCGAAAGAGAAUUCAAAACCGAGUUGAUUGACUUAAAGUUUUUAGAUCUUGUCCCAAAACCAUCAUCAAUCGAUCCAGGUUCUACAUUACAAUUCCAUCAAAGAAUGGUUAAAAAUGCUCUAGUAAUCUUAUAA